GUGGUGAUCUCGAGGCGGGAGGCGUAAAUGAUAUGCAUUCGUGUGUAUCGACUCUUUGCUCAAACAUUUCAUUGAUUAUAUUAUUGAAAUAGGUUCAAACAAAAUAAGGAGAUGGCGCGUCGUAAAGGUGGAAGACAUGAUGAUCCUGAGGCUGAAAUGCGCAGAAAAUACCGUCAAAUGAUGGAAACAGCUACAAGUCCUGUUGAAAAGUUACGUUAUGCUUGCUUAGCAAGAGGUGCUUCUGGUAUCAAAGGAAUAGGAAGGACAUUCCGAAUCAUGGAUGACGAUGGAAGUAGAUCCCUAAACUUUGAAGAAUUUUCCAAAGGACUUCACGACUAUGGAGUCGUCGCGGACAAGAAUCAAGCACAAGAAGCGUUUUCUGCUUUUGACAAAGAUGGAAGUGGUAGCGUGGAUAUAAACGAGUUUUUGAAAGCAUUGAGGCCUCCUAUGAGCGAAAGUCGAGUUAAUAUUGUAAAGCAAGCAUUUAAAAAGUUGGAUAAGACAGGUGAUGGCAUUAUCACUGUUGAUGAUUUGAAGGGAGUUUAUAAUGCAAGAAAACAUCCAAAGUUUAUGAAUGGUGAGUGGAAUGAAGCAGAAUGUUUUAAGCACUUCCUGGCUUCCUUUGAAGCACCAGAAGAGAAAGAUGGAAAGGUUACUGCUGAAGAAUUCCUUAACUAUUAUAGUGGUGUAAGUGCUUCUAUUGACGAGGAUAUUUACUUUGACUUGAUGAUGAGAAAUGCAUGGAAAUUGUAAGUCACAAGUCCCAUGACGUAAACGUUUGUUCAAUUGGUUUAGCAAAUUGCAAGAUCAUAUUAUCAUUAUUAGUUAUAGAAUAACAUUUUAGUACUGCCACAAAACGACAUAAUUUUUAUUAGCUAAUUCAUAUACUAUAAUUUUAUUGGCUAUGGCUACUUGCUGUCUAUUUGUAAAUAGAUAGGAAAUAGCAAAACAAAUAUGUUCUUGUCUGUCA